AGCUGGUCACACAGACUGUUGUGAAUAACUGUUUAGCCAGGUCAGCAUCAAAAAUUGCGUGUGACUUAAGUCCCGUAUUAAAGCCACGAGGAACAUGUUCAAGUCUGCACCGGUAAUCGCAGUCCUUGCGCUGGUCCUGCUGAUUGCGUCGCAGGGCGUGGAUGCGGACAAAAAGCAGAGCAAAAAGUACAGCAAAGAGGCCAACAGCCCGCAUUACGAACAAGUGAAGAAGGAGAAGUAUGACCCGGACUUCAAGAGUAUUCAGCGGCCUUUUCGCAUGGCCAAAUUGAAUCUGGUGUGGGCCAAGGCUCAGAACCGCUUAACAGAGCCCAAGCUCAAGUCGCUGUACAUGGAGCUUAAAAUCCACGACAAGGAGGAGAUCGCCUGGAAGCAGCUCAACUCGCAGCACAAGGACAAGGAUGGCCUGAAGGACGACGAACUCCGUCGCAAGCUGAUUGGCAUUAUGAGCAGCUACGACCUGCUGGAGCACUUCGACGACACCCAGGACUCAGAAAAGCUUAAGCCCUACAAGAAAUUCCACGACGCCGAUGACCGCCACAAAAACAAGAGCCUAUUCAAGGACAAGAAACUCAACCGGCUGUGGGAAAAGGCAGAGAUUUCUGGCUUCACUGCCGAGGAGUUGAAGUCCUUGAAGCAGGAGUUUGAACAUCACCAGGAUAAGGUUGAUGUGUACUACAGCCUGCUAGAAAAUAUCGGCACUGUGGAUACCGACAAGCAUGAGAAUGCUAUAAACACUGAGGAUCUGGACAACUACAAUCUGAUUUCGAAUGAUGCCAACGAAAAUGAGAUAAAAACCCAUGCGCAGAAUGUUAAAAGCUUUGAAAACGACCUGAAUACUCUUCGUGGUCAUCAUGUUGGCAUCAAGGAUCAUUACGACAGACUGGAGCGCUUGGUGUCCUCCGGCCCCCACAGCCAGGACUUUAUCGAGCCCAAAGUUCAGGGUCUUUGGAGAGUGGCUAAAGCUAGCAAUUUUACUGAGGCGGAACUGGAGUCCAUCAAGACGGAAUUGCAUCAUUUCGAAAGUCGCCUGCUAAAGCUGCGUCAUUUACAUGCCGAGCAUGCUUUACAUGUAGAAAAAUAUAAGGGCGAAAAACACAAGGACAAGAGCAACCGUUUUGAGGAAAUGGAGGAUCAGCUAAAAAAACAAACUCGCAAGGUGGAGAAACUGCAGGAGAUUAUCGAACAAACCAUCUUCAAACACACAGAACUUUAAAAAUUAGAGCAAUCACUAAAUGUGCCAAGCGAAUAAACUAGAUUUAAGUGCAAAUGUUUGUGUAAGCACAAAAACCUUUUGGCUGCUAUUCAGCGUAGGUAUAGUUUUGAUACCAAAUAUCAUUUGAAUGAAAAUAAAAUCUUAUGAAGUUUAAGUA